CGUCCAUGGAUUACACGCUCUCCGUGCAAGUGCAGCAGCAGCUCACCGUCUACCCAACGCAUCUGCGGCAGGUCUACAGCCUGGAGCUACAGAUGAAGUCGACAGAAGUGGACCAGGGCCUUUUUACAGACAGCUACUGCAAAGUGUGCAGUGCCCAGCUCAUCUCCGAGUCUCAGAGAGUGGCCCACUAUGAGAGUCGAAAACAUGCAAACAAAGUGCGUCUCUACUACAUGCUGCACCCGGUGGACGGAGGUUGCCCGGCUAAGAAGCUACGAACAGACAAUGGCAGUGAGGAGGGAGAUGUGGAUAAGAAUAAGUGCUGCACACUGUGUAACAUGUCCUUCACCUCAGCUGUAGUGGCUCAGUCUCACUACCAGGGCAAGAUCCACGCCAAGAGAAUCAAACUACUGCUGGGAGAACAACCUGCCAUCACAGCUAAAGAGGUGCCACCCAGUCCUGUGAAAACGCCCUCUGACAGCUCACCGGUGAGCUCGCCUCGACUGCGUGGGGACUCGGACCGUUACUGCCAGCUGUGUAAUGCCUGGUUCAACAACCCGGGCAUGGCCCGACAGCAUUACGACGGCAAGAAACACAAGAAGAAUGCAGCACGCGCCGACCUGCUGGAGCAGCUGGGCAAAACACUGGACAUGGGCGAGAUGAAAGGUCUGAAGCGGAGUUACACUUGCGACGUGUGCAGUGUCACGCUCAACUCUGUGGCACAGUACCAUGCACACCUGCAGGGCUCCAAGCACCAAAACAACUUAAAGAACCAGUUAUGCGUCCAGUGAAGUUGAGUGGAAUAACGAAACUGUUGGAUUGAUGUCAGACAAGGUUCGAUCAGCUUGCCCUGAAUUCUCUGCCUCUUUGUCUCUCGUUCUCUCUCCCUCUCUAUUUCAAUCUCCUCCCUUUUUACAUCUUGAUGUCCUCAUCUCUCUGGCCUGACCAGAAAGACCAAACAGGAAACUUUUUUGUUUGUUUUUUCUUUAGACUCUGUUCAUUCCGAUCGAGUUGGCCUACAAGUUGUUGUCAUACUUUGCUGCUACUUUCCCAAGCACUACGUUAUCAUGACUGAAUCUAUGGGACCAUGGACAGGGAGCACCAUGGACAGCGCCACUUUCACCACUGUAUUUACAACCAUGUUUUCUGUCACCUCCCGGUGGUUUGUGUGUGGGUUGAUAAACUGAAUCUUUGCAUCAAAUUCAGUCAAUCAAGUGUUGUGUGCAUGACCAAAACAAAGAAUUUUUUAUCUUUUACCCAGCUAAGCAAUAUCUAGCAAAAAAAAAAAGAAAGAGAAAAAGAAAAAAAAUCAGCCAAAUUUAUUGUUAUUAAAUACGUUUUUACUGCGAGAGCAACAAGGAAAGAGAAAAACAGCAAACAGAGCCACAAUCUGCUCACAUUCCGCGAUAUUACUCACAUCUUUGGACAGUUUUACAUGGGCAUUUUUCCUGUUGGAGAUGUAAACAGAUGUGGGCAUAUCAACAGGGUCUUUUGCAGCACAUGUCUUGCUAUGUCUUUAAUAAAGGGUUAAAGUAAACAUGCAGCUACUACAUUUGAAUCGGUUACGCUCAUUUAUUAAGAGAUUCAGUCUAGUUUUAAAAGUGUUGUGAUGAUGUAUUCUUUUGAAGAUUAUUUAAAGAAAAAGCAUAUAUUCCAAGCCUACUUCCUCAGUGGUGACCGUCACAAACUUAAAACUUCUUUUAUGUGUAACUAUAAACCUAUUAUAGCCAUUUAAAGUAACUAAGAUGUCAUAAGAGCUACGUGUCAUUUUAUAACGAAAUAAAUUAGACUAUUUAUUAUUAGAAAAGAGUUUAUUUUUAUUCUCUCAUGAAUAAUGUAUCUGUGCAGAUGAAUGCCUUUAUGUUUGCCUUUGUGUCUGAAUCUUUGUUGUUAUUUAUUUCAUAAUGUGCAUUAUAAUGGAUACUGAGAGUCAGGUUCAAGAAUAUUAAGGUUAAAACAUGAAAGAAAAGAAUAUUAAGCAUCUCAAGCCUUUUAUAUACAAAAACAAACCUACCAAUGACCAGAUCUCUUAUAUGAACCCCCUGAACCUGAGGCCUAUUGUUGUCAUUAAGCUUAAAAUAUAAUAGUGUUGAGUAUGAAUAUGUCUUAAGCUUAAAGGCACUGUUUUGUGUCCAAUUUCAUGUUCAAAUCGGUCUUUUACAACUAUACUGUGUGGCCAAAAGUAUGUGGACAGCUGACCAUCACAUCUAUAUGAGCUUGUUGGGCAUCCCAUUCCAAAACCAUGGGCAUUAAUAUGGCCCCCUUUGUAGCUAUAACAGCCUUCUGGGAGACUUUCUAUAAGAUUUUGGAGUGUGUCCAUGGGAAUUUGUGCCCAUUCAGUCAAAAGUGCAUUUGUGAGGUCAGGCACUGAUGCUUGGCUCAUAACCAGUGUUCCAAUUCGUCCCAAAUGAUUUUGGUGUGUCUUAUUGUAGAAGAACAACUGAGAACUAGGAAAAACACUGGACUGUUCUUUGAAUUCAAUGCUACACAUUUCUGAAAAUGUUUUAUUUCAUGGAACAUAUUUGUUUUUGUCAAAUAUUUAGCAUAAUUAAUUCCAACUGUUUAUGUUUUGGUGGGUUUUGUGCUAUUCACAGUAGGGACUUUUAAACUUUUUUAAUCUAAAGCUAAUAGAUUUUCUGGGAAAAAUUGUUAUUCCUUUCCACGGAGAACCCAAAUUUGAAGUCUGACCCCAUUUCAAGUCUAACCUCUGUCCAGAAAACUACUGAGAGUUGCAGGCCAUUUAUGCGGCAGCUUAUCAGAAGCUCAAUGUAUAUAAUGUUGUGUAUAUUUAAAAUGACUUUGUGCACGAAUGAUUUGUUGGCAUUACUCUCAACUUACGAAGACUGCUUAGCUCUUCUCAAAGCUCGAGUCAUCCAGUCUGCUCGGUGAUGCACCGAAGAUGUGUGGGUGUGGAUGUGUGCGUUUUUCCCUUUAAGGGAGCAGACUCCUUCCUGUUCUAGCAGAAUCCGCUCCCUCCUCCUGACAUGGAUCAUGUGAUCGAUUAUGUGUGAAUUUGAAUAAAAGAUACUUGCAACCCUC